GGCAAAAGCCCGCCUUUUAAAACACCAACCAAUCACAGAGCAGCUCGCUGUGGCCAUGCUGUGUCGUGUAUUGUGAGGCUGAAGAGAAACGAGUGUGAUGUUGUGUGCCUGUGUUUUGUAGUUUCUGGGAAAGCAAAAGAGUUACCCCUCCAAUCGUGUCUCUGCACAUGCCACAUGCAAAGGGGAGGCAUUCUUCUUUAGGUCUGCAUCCUACUGGACAACACUGAGGGUAUGACAGCAGCCAACAAUGGAGGAGCAUGAGGAUUUCUCUCUGUGUGGUAAAGCAGCUGUAACUGAAGCUAAUCUGAGAGAUGAGUACUAUUGGAAGCUUGUCGCAGACUUCGUCGGUGCUCAAUCUGGAGAAGGAUUAGAGCUUGAAACAGGACUAUGCAAGAACAGAGUUUUAAUUCAAGUGGGACUGUUGAGGGAGGACAAUAACUUUCCCUGGAUUGUCAUUGUAAACUGGCUAAAGAAAAUAAUCCCCCGUCAUCAGUCAGCUGACUUCCAUCGUCUGAUUGAGAGAGGCAUCGCGACAACGUUGAGUCUUGGGAGCAAUGCAAGGCUCACCUUCCUGGAAUCAAAUGUGAACUUUAACUUCGUGGGCCCGAUAUGUGAUAGCAUUGGAGUUGAACGAAAACAUCUUUUAGAGAUGAGAGAUUUUUCAGAGCGAGCGCAGUUAUUUGAAGUUACAAAUGGAUUGAUUCUGGAAUUGAGCAACUUUGUAGCCAGGGAGAAACUUGCGCCCAUCGUAAUAGUUUCUUGGCUUAAAAACUUUGAGCCCGAGUUUGUUAAGAAAGGGAAUAUUCAAGGUGCAUAUGCGCUCCUUAAAGGCAGGAUCAAAAAGUUAAGACACCACUGCCGCAGCUAUGGAACAAGAAGUCACAGGAGGAAUGCUGCAAUUGAAAAUCUCCUUCAGAGUCCUUUUGAACUCGUGCGGAAGAAAACACCUAAAUUACUUGUGAAAAAGCGAAUGAGAAGAGACCACAGCAUGGGCAAACUCGAGAUUAAGGUGGAAAGUGAGGACGAAGAAAUAAUGCAGGAAGACGGCUCAGCGUUUCAGAAGUUAACACUGAAAGAAGACUUCUCUGAAAGUGGGGGAAGUGAUGAAGACGACGAUGCAACCGAGAGUGAAGAGGAACCAUCAGAUAAUCUUGUGAGCCUGCUUGAUAUCACAAUGCUGAACAUCCCACAUCUGUCAGAUCCGCACGAAGGGAAAACUCCAGAAUGCAAGAAAUUGACCCAUGACCUCCUCAAAAACCUCUGCACUGUGGCGUACAAGGAACAACCAGCGGUGGCUCAAUUUUAUAAAACUCUCGCCUCUGUCAGUGAGGAAAUUACACUUGCCUCACCUGUAGUGUUUAUAAACAGUAACGCACAUUUCCUCGUUGAUUUGUACGAUACAGUCGAACAGCAGAUUAUAAACUUCGAAAAGGAGAUUAUUUUAUCCACGGGUGAUAAACUCGGUCGAGACAAGCUUCCAAAAUUCAGAAACUUUAUAAAUAUGUCCGAAAGUGCGACGUCACGAUACAUUCACAUGGCUUGUGACAUCUUGAGUCCUCGCUCACCUGAUACGCACAACUAUAGAAGACAUUGGACAGCUUUCUGUGAGGAAAAGAGCAAUCCCUCCAGACUUUCAAUGAACCAGUCAAACCAGUUCAUCAACUACUUUGAGGCAGCAGCAGGUCUGAUUCACCACCACAAAGAGAUCGCCCUCUUCUUCUCUGACCUGCUGUCAUUGGAAGACGACAAAUGUCCCAACGUUGUCCUGGAGAGCCUCGCAGCUGACGCGAAUGACUCUGUGAUACAGAGCCUUGUGUGCGCUCUGGCAAUCGUUCACUGCAAAAUCGUCGGUCCUUACUGGCAGCUCCUGAAAAGCAGAGGGAAGUACUCGCAGUUCAACCAGUACAUACUCUGGCUCUACCAAAAGUUCCUCAACUGGUCCAAAGACCCUGCCACAGUGCUGGAACCCGAAGAGACCACAGAUGUUUUCCAGCAGUUCCCACAGCAGGAGAAAACCUUCGAUGGAGUGUUUUAUUACUGCGGUCAGUGGCACACAAACAGGGACAUGAUCAGAGCGUGCCUGAAGAGGUUAGUGAAGGCGAUCGCUGCGGUCACUGAGGAACACCUGAAGGCUUUCCUGCCAGGAGGAUCAUUCGCUGAGGUCCCCUCUCCAGAGUUGAGCUUAAAACUUGGAGGUUGCACAUUCUUCGUUUUGACGGCGGAGUAUUCCUCCAGUCAAUACAGCCCUCGCAAGAGACAGAAAACAGACAAGUCCUCCAAACACUCCAGAAGCAAGAACUUGCCCUCAGGUAGCUCGCAGGAAGAUAACGACGGAUCUAAUUUAUCCGACUACAGCGACAAUGAAGCUUCAAAUUGGCAAGCCAGAAAGAAAAGUGAAAAAACAAUUAAAAAGGAAGAGAGGGUUGAGGAAAACAUGGAUAGGGACUACAUCAUGGCUACAGUCACCAGUAAUGGAGGACCAUGCAAGACGCAGUCAGAUCUUGAGAAAAUGCUGCUUCGCUUUGACGGAAAAUCCCGCGCAGAGAAACGUGAAGCAAUCCGCUGCGAGGUGCUGUACCAGAAAAUGAUCCUGGACAACCCAGACCCUAACCUGGAUUGUUUCACUGAAAACAGCACAAACAUGGCAAUGAAGCUGAAGAUGGUACUCCCACGCGUGAAACCGGGGUACUCGCUCGUUUUGGCGCCUAAAAGGACGAAAGCAAAGCCUGUGCUCCAAGACAUGGCGGAGACUGCGAUGGAUCAGAGUGAAAGCGGCCACAUGUAAAAGCUAGAAGUGCACCAUUGAUGGAGUGAUUCUGAGAAAAGAGAAUAAAUGACAAUUACAGAGGAGGAAGUUCGGUUGACAUGUGACUUCAUCAUGUGUUUCUAUGCAGAAAUACACACUAUGACCCAGAUACCUCACAAAUACUCAAUGUGUCAUUCUCUUUAUGCCACAUAAUCAGUGCCUACACAUUUAUAUCCUUGGCUCGUAUUUUUCUGAUAUGACAGAACUCUCUUUAUUGCAUCAUAUUGUAUUGUAAUUUCUACUUUCUAGAGUGUUAACUUUUUUUUUUUUACUGUUGAGCUCAUGAAAUUGUAAAUAACCACUUCUGGCUUAAGGUGAUAACACAGACAAAAUAAACAUCUUUCUUCAUA